AUGAUUUCUCUUCAGUCUUUUCCUUUGCUCCUCCUCGGCGCGUUGUCGACGCUUGCCUCCGCCGCAUCGGACUACCACGAAAGCCUCGUCCUUCAACCGCUCCCCCAGUCGUCAUUGCUGGCGUCGUUCAAUUUCCGCAGCAAUGCUACGAAAGAAUCAUUCGACAAGCGCAACUUCCAAUACUUCCCUCGGGCGCUAGGUCAGAUCUUGCAACAUGCCCACACCGAAGAGCUCCACCUCCGCUUUACGACGGGGAGAUGGGAUGCGGAGAGUUGGGGGUCGCGCCCUUGGAAUGGGACCAAAGAAGGCGGCACCGGAGUGGAGUUGUGGGCGUGGAUAGACGCGGUAGAUGAGCAGGAGUAUGUGAUAGGGUUGACUGCUGGUUGA